AAAGUUACAACCUUCACCAGCUAAGUUUGUUCUCUUCCCUCCACGUACGCCAUUGCACAUUUUUCUUCUGUCUCUUCUUAUUUUAAUAUCAUCCCAACCUCUACACUUGGAGUAGGACUUCGGAAUUAGCUAGGGUGAGGAAAUGGAAGGUGGCUAUGGAAUCUUAUGGGCCUACCUGCUUCUCAUUGCGCCGGCGUACCUUCAGUACGCCUAUGCCCAGGCAACCGCCGAAUCCACGGACAGUCCCUUUCGAUUUGACUUGGACCUUACGCCCUCCACGUUGAUCAUCACCGUCGUCCUCGUGUGCGGAUUCGCCUUGCUUGCGUUCUUCUCCAUCUACAUCAAACAGUGUGCACGGUCGCGAGCCGCGGCAGCUUCAGGAACUGUCAGACCGGAUAUGUCUCCCACUACCGACAGACCCAAACGCCGCGGUCUUGACCCUGCGGUGGUUGAGACCUUUCCGAUACUCGCGUACUCCGCUGUCAAGGGUCUCAAAAUCGGCGGUGGAGCGUUAGAGUGCGCGGUAUGCUUGAACGAGUUCGAGGAUCACGAAACACUCCGUUUGUUACCCAAGUGUAACCACGUCUUCCACCCUUCUUGUAUCGACGCCUGGUUAACCUCCUGGGCGACUUGUCCGGUUUGCAGAGCGAGGCUCACCACGGAGGCCUCCAAAGCCGAUCCAUCACAAGCGACCGAGUCAACGCCGGAAAACUCGACUUCCCAAGUCGGCGAAGGCCAAAAUCACGUCGUGGUUAACGUUGAGGAACUUGAAAGCGGAGACUUACAACAGGCACGCGAGAUCGCAAACGUUCCGGUGAGGCCGGGGAUACCUGAGAAAUUUCAGGAGUCGAACUCGACGGGCGAAUCAGUGGUUCAACCCGGAGAGAACACGGAACGAUACACGCUGAGAUUGCCAGAGGAGGUGAGGAAGCAGGUUCUGGAAUGCGAGCAGCCGGAGAUUCCGAAGAGCCACGGCGUCGUUUUGACCAGAGUAGAAAGUUCCCGGAAAGGUUAUAGAACCGGUGGGGUAAGAGAGGAGUGACGAGGAUCGGUAAGUGGGGACUACGCUCCGUUAAGACGCCGUUAAAAGAAAUAGAGGAGUGACGAGGAUCGGUAAGUGGGGACUACGCUCCGUUAAGACGCCGUUAAAAGAAAUUAACGUGCUGGUUUGAUUGUGAUUAAUCAAAUCACAUCACGAUAAAGGUCUUGAUUUCUUGGGACAAACGAUGAGUAUAAAUUAUAAUAUUUGAUAGUGGCUUCUUGUAUUUUUAAAUUUUAUGAGUGUUCUUUGUUCAUUUCUGCAUGGGAAACAGAUCAUGAUGCUUUUUGGACCGUCCAAAAAUAAUGGGAUGGUCUUUUUGGGAAUUUUCUGUUGUUUUUGGCCUGUUAAAAUAUUUAGAUAAUGCCAACUACUUCUGGCGUUGCUUCAA